AAGAAUCUUAUAAAAAAAACAAUCUAGUAGUUGUUAGUGGGAAGCCUCUAAUCUCUAUGAGUACUUUACAUAGACCUGUGGUGAGCAAAGAAAACUCCAUCCAUCACCAGAAAACAACAAAAAAAAAAAAAAAACAAUGGCUUCUUGGAACCAUCUCUUGAAAUGUUGUAUUCUUCUAGCUAUACUCACGAUCGUGCAGGCUCAAACCAACCGGAAACUUCUUGACAACAACAGAACAUACUCUCAUUUCAAACAUCCACCUAUGGAUUCUAGUCAAGAUUAUCUUCCUUCUUCUCACCGUUCACUUGGUGCUCAGUAUUACAAGAGAUCACCACCUCCACCACCACCAAGAAAAAUAUAGAAAAGACAGAAUCCGAAACCACUGGUCGUGGAGCAGACUCGUGUAAGUUGGUGUCAUGUUUGGAAAGAGCAUACACGUUCUCAUCUUUGUUUUCUAUUUUCAAGAUAUGUCUAAUGUUUUCACUUCUCGUCAAGAUUAUGUUUUCACUUGGUAUAUGUUUUCCAAAGCAAUAUUUCGUGUACCACCUUCAACAUUGGUGACAAUAAAGAUAAUUGUUUCAAAUAAUUUUCUUUUUUUCUUUUUUUUGUACAAUACACCGGAAAGUUUCGAUGAUACGAUCCUCCUUUGCUUCCUUGGUUGAACAUAUAGCUUAGAUAAAAAGAAAAAUGAUUGCUAGCUAUAUGAAGUACUGGUCCCCAGAUGGCUAAUCAUGCAAACUAAAUUAAUGUAUAGAACUAUAUGUUAUGCAUGACAACAUCUUUCAAGUUUACGAUACUAUGCUAAGGAAGACUUGGAAAAGCAGCACAUCUGGAUUAUAGAGUUUUCUCUCUCUAUUUAAAAAAAAUUAUCUCGCCUCUCUCUUCCCCAAACUAGGGUUUCCGUCGUUUCUCACCGUUUUCCGGCGGUCACCACGUGCCGUUCAAGGCGACCGCCGGGUCCCUUUCGUUUUUCUUUUCUUUUACUUGUCUCCUCCAUCUCUCUCUCCCUCGUAUGUCCUCGUCUUCUUCGGCUACCUGAGUUACGUCGACGGUUCUUGUUCGGUUUAGAUCUAGAACUUUCUCUUGCUUAUGGGUCAGGCCGUAGUGUGCAGCAGCGCUUGAAGACUGCGUAUGCACCUCAACGGCUCUGUGUCUUCGGCAUAGGGGGAGCUCUGACUGACAAGGUUUUCCAGCUUGGCGCGUAUCAGGUUGAGUGUUGGAGCAUGGUGGUAAUGAGAUCCCGAUUCGUCCUCUGUCAGAUCCACUGGUUUGGUUGUGCGGCGGUGGUGUUCGAUGGGUCGUUCUCGGGUUGAGCUUUAGACUGCGCGGAUCUCGAGCUUUUUAUCUCUUCUUCCUGCUGGUGAUCUCUGGUGAGCGCGUGUGAGUGUGAUGGUCGUUGGUCUUCCCGACUCCGGCAUGCUCUGGUGAGAACGCGCGUGGACGCGGCGGCGCGUGUGGCAGCGCGUACGGCAGCGCGAGUGGCAGUGCGUGUGUCCGGCGAGAUCUUCAUUUUCGCUGCUUAUUGGCAGUGGCUCCGGUGUAUCGGUGUGGGUUCCUGGCCGUGUCCUUGGUUCCGCUUUUCUCCCACACUCUCAAUAAAGUAAACGGUUUUUUGGUUGUCUCGUAUGGUGUUGUGGACCCUGCCUGUCUAGCCGAGCGGCAGUUGGACAUUCGACCCGCUCUCUCUCCUGCGGUGUGCCUCCGGAGGGUUAGCUACUUGGCGGUCCACUCUCUCUAUAUGAGAUUUUGGUUCAAUGGGUGUAACGGUCACGGUGGGGUGGACUGGAGGCGGCAAUCUUCAGGACACUUUUCCGAAUGAUGGCAUCGUCGCUAGGUGGUUUUCUCUCGUGCCGUCGGACGUAUUUAUGUCGGGUGCUUUGAGUGUGUGUUUGUGCUUGGAUUCUUGGUCCGUUUCAGGGUUUAGGUGGGGUUUUCGGAAGCUGCAGGAGCCGUAGCAUCAAGGUUUGAGGGCACCUUUCUCUCGGUAGCUCGUGGUGCCCGGUGCUCGACCCCGACCAGUUCUCGUUGCUUAGCUGGUUGUAAGGCUUUGUUCCGCUAUGUUUUGAGCUGCGUCAAUUUCCGUUUCGUCUUGUUGUUUAGUUUAUUUUCUGUUCUCCGCUACAAGUUGUUUUUGUAUCUUCUGUCACAAAUCCAAAAAUUGGUAUAAUAAUUUAACAUUUUACCAAAAAACAAAAAAAACUUUAUGUUGCUAUGUAGUUAACAUCACGAGUUUAAUUUCAUUUAUCCAAAAACUGACGUGGAUGUUAGAGAUCGUUUAAAUAUCUUGUUUCAAUAAUUAAAAUAUGAUCGAUCCGACUAUAAUUUAACUUAAAUUAGAUUUUGACCAACAUUUUAAAAGUGUAAGAAUAUUUUUAACAAAAUAUAAUUUACAAAAUCAAUAUGUUUUAACAUUUUUGAUAAUUAGUGUUUUAACAUUUUUAUUUUAGUGUACUUUAAAACUAUAUAAUUGUAUUAUUUUUAUUUAUAUAAUCUGUUUUGUUAUGAACUUUUAAUAAGUAAUGUUUUAAAAUUUUUAUUUUAGUGUUUUGACAUUGUUGUUCUAGUGUCUUUUAAAACUAUAUAAUUCUAUUAUUUUUAUUUAAUCUGUUUUUUUAAUUAUUUUAAUCUGUUUUGUUAUGAACUUUUACUAAAAAAAUUGUAAUUCGUUUGAUUAAUUGUGUGAUAUAUAAUUGUUUGAUAAUUUUUAAAUUAUAAAACUUAUUUCCUGUCAAUUUACUAACUCUAACAUUUUAUUUGUUUAAAACUUAUUUGAUGUCAACUUAAACCAAAUAUAAUCUUGCGUAUAUAAUUAUAAAUUAUAAACUUUUAAGAAUAAAAAAAUCAAAGAAUAAGAAUCUAAUAUGAAAGGUUUACUAAAUAUAAAUGAAUGAAAUUUUUGUUUAUGAAAAAAUAUAUAAAAUAAUUCAUUAACUUAAUAAUUUAAUAUUAAACAAAUAAAAUGUUAGAGUCAAUAAAUUGACAUCAAAGAAGUUUUAUAGUAAAUUGUAUUAUCAAAUAAGUAUAUAUCAUACAAUUAAUCAAAUGAAUUACAUAAAUUUUAUUAAAAAAUUCAUACCAAAACAGAUUAAAAGAAUUAAAAAAAUAAAUUAAAUAAUAUCUUAUAUAACUUUUAUAUUUAAUAUAUAUAAAAAUAAUAUAAUUAUAUUGUUUUCAAAUACACUAAAAUAAAAAUGUUAAAACACUACUUAUCAAAAUUUAUAAAACAUAUUGAUUUUGUAAAUUAUAUUUUGUUAAAAAUAUUUUUACGCUUUUAAAAUACGGAUCAAAAUCUAAUUUAGGUAAAUUACCGUCAGGUACGUCACAUUUUAAUUGAUGUAACGAGAGAUGUAAACGGUCUCUGACAUACACAUCAUUUUUUAUAUGAAAUUAAAUUAGUGAUGUUAACUACAUAACAUCAUAAAGUUGAAAGAUGUUGUCAUGCAUAAUAUAUACUAUGUGGAGGCCCGACUCAAAUAUUAAAAUGGCUAUGUGUUGCCUUAGAUGUUCUUCAACCUUUAGUUAUAUUAUAGGGUCUGAUUGUUGUUAGGACUUUGAGGGCUUUGUGGGAUUAGAAAGUCUUUAAAGCUUCUUUUUUACCAAUCAUGUUUUUUUUUUUUAAAUUAAUCACUCUAAAGUCAUUAUAAGUUCAUCUCUCCUCUUUUGUGUUGUUUUUUCUAAAGCCAACAAUACGUGACUUUUGCAACUUCUUUUUCCUUUUUUUAUUUUUUUCACUAAAAAUGUUUUUUUUUUAACUAAAUCACUUAUCUAAGUUUGUAACAAUUUUAUUAAAAUUUAAAAUUGACUUUUAUUUUCUUUUUCCUUUGUAACUAAAUCACUUAUCUAAGUUUGUAACAAUUUUAUUAAAAUUUAAAAUUGACAAAUUAAUCAUUGAAUUUUUUUCUUGUUCAUUUGAGAUCCAUAUUGUACUAUUUUAUAAUCAUUUAUAUUUAAACUUUUAAUAGUAUCAUAAUUUUACUUUUUAAAUAAAAUAUUUUAAAUAUAAUUCCAAACUUCUAUAAUUUUAACUACCAAUCUUAUUUUAAUAAAACUUAAACUAACAGCUAAGUCUUGACAGCCAAAUUCUCUACAGCCAUAAUUCUAAAGGAAAAGCGUAAAGCGAAAGUCCUUACCAAUCGGAUCCAUAGUCAAUUUAAAAACUAAGACCCUAAUAUUUACAAGUCUUAACAAAAUAGGGCCCUAAUUUUGUAAAGAAAAAAUCAGGACCAUGUGCAAAUGUGCUGUGAGCACAUGCUCUAAGCCGGCACUGAUUCCGCGUAGCUAAGUAUACAUUUGUUUAGUUUGCAUAGUUAACCAUGUAAUGGUCAAUACUUCGUGUAGUCAGCAAUCAUUUUUCGCUGGAUAAAACAAAAACUAAGAGGACAAGAAUUGGCCUUAAGAAUAAUCUCAACAUGUUUGGUCCAGGUUUGUUGUCUUCUUUUACUGCCAUUACACACAGAUUAAUGAAUCAUAUGCCUUAGUUUCUAAAGACUGCAUUUAAGAACAUUACUCACAGAUCAAAUUUUUGAUGGAACAAAGA